UAAUCGUUCGUAGGCCUAAACUGAUUGUAUACUUUAACAUAAUUCGUUAUGCACUGUCGUUUGAAAGCUAUGACGCAACCUGUAUAAGCUUACGUAACAUUGUAUUAUUUUCGUUGUUUAAAUCAAAAUACACUCUUCUAACUCUUCGUUUAAAUUCGCUCGUUUAUAAGAACUCAGAACGUCAGAAUCCACUGCCAUCGAAUCAACUGUGUUUUUUCUAUUUACAACUGAAUAAAAAAAUGCAACUGAAACUAAACACUUAACGCCAGUGGGGUUUAAACCUGGUGAUCAAGCCUGACGGCAUGUCUUAACAUGUUUUUAUUUUUACAUUUUAUGCCUUAAAAUUGAAAUGAAAGCACGCAACACACAAUGCAAUAGUUACUUGCUCAUAAAUUAAUCUGUUGUGUAAAAUUGUGGUGUUUAUGCCUCUAGCCUAGGUACUAAUUAUGUGUGGACCAAUUUGGGGGCAUGUUGCCAACCCUGAAAGUUUCACGUGAUUCCUAAAUUGUAUUCUGCUACUUGGAAUGUAGUGAUCUUUUCGUACAAUUGGUAAAUUAGUAAAAUCAACAGCCAUUAAUAAUAUUAAUAAAUCAGCAUUAUAAGAGUUAUUAUAAGUAAAAACUUAAUUUAUUUGCUUUUAGUCAUAUCUUUACUUUGUUUAAAUGUUAAUGUGUUCUCUAACAAGUAAUUUAAACUUUUUAAUUAGACAUUCAUAACUUAAAAUCAGCUUUAGUUUAUAAUCUUUUUUGUUUCAACUUUUUUUCAGAAUUCAUCUGUUUACUUACUCAUAAAAAUUCAUGCUGAGUGUGAAGAUGAAGAUGUGUUUGGUGAAGUGUUCUGCCAAACCUUUUAGGGACUCCCUCAAACUACUGCUGAUCAUCUAAAGGGGACCAGACAUCAGGACGUGCCAUUUACAGUAUAUAUGUGCAUGAAUAGAAACAUAAAGUACCUCUCAGUGGACAGGAAUGACAAGUGUCAGCAUCUAAUUCAUUAUUUAAUAUGAAGCUGUGAAUAGAAAUACAUUUAUGAAAUCUUCUGGAGAAACGUGGACUAAAACUUUGCUUCCACUUUAAAGGACAUGUUAUUUUUAAGGACCAUUACAUCCACGGUUGCUGUGCUCAUUGCUGCUAAUUUUGAGCUUUGUUUUUGUGGCUGUGCUCGUGCUGAAUAUGAGAUCAAUGGAGAAUGCUGCCCGAUGUGUGCUCCUGGAAAUCGUGUUUAUUGGCACUGCACUGUAGAUACCAGUACAACUUGUGUUCCAUGUCUUGCAUCAACUUUCACAGAUGAACCCAAUGGAUUUACCAAGUGUUUUCCAUGUACUGUGUGUGCUACAGUUAAAGGACUAAAAAUCCACAAGUCCUGCAUACGCUCUGGAGAUACACUUUGCGAGCCACAGGAAGGUUUCCAUUGCAUUAAACAAAAUAAAGGCUCCUGUGAAUUAGCAGUGGAGCACUCUAAAUGUCAACCUGGUCAAUAUAUUGAACACACUGGAACAGCUAUAAGUGAUACAGUAUGUGUUGAUUGUACAGUAGGAUCUUACUCAAAUGGCUCUGUAAUGUCCUGCUUACCACAUUUAAAAUGUGAGAUGAUGGGACUUAAAGAAAAAAAAGCAGGAACAACAUCAUCUGAUGCUGAGUGUGAGAAAGUGACUUCAGUUGGAUUUAUAGUGUUAGUCACGAUUGCAGUUCUAGUAGUGGCUGUUAUUGUGGCAGCAUUAUUCUACAUCAAAUACAGAAAACGUAAACCACAGCGCUCUAACAAAAAUGUUGAAUACAGAUCACAACAACCAUCUGAGGAUGAUGAUGUACAUCACAGACAUUUUUUAUGACUUUUGUCAGAUCUCUGUGCCUGUGGAUAUUUGGAAUCUGCCCCACACUCUCUGAAAGACAUCCAGUUGCUGUUCUACAACAUGCACACUAAAAGGAGAAACCAUGUUGACCCUAACAACCAAUGAUUAAACAUUAUUUCUCUUUUUCUUUCAUGUGAAAAUGCAUUUUUGUGUUGUGUUGGGGAGAGGUGCUAUUAUUUAUAAACUAUUGUUAAAUUAGCCAACUUCUGCAGUGUUAAAUGUUGAUUUUUAUUGUUUCAAAAACAUGCAAUAAAACU